CCCGACGACAACUUGUGGCUCUGGAGGGAGGCUUCGGCUUUGGCGUCUCAUGCGGUUGCAAUGUGAAUGGAGAAUAUUGGGUGUUCGUGUGGGUGUAUCUACCGUGUUCGGGCUGCUCGACGAGUGAUGUGGCGCUGUGGCUGCAGCAGCGGCUGAAUAUAAGUAGCAGUAACUCUCAGAGUUCCAUCAAAGCGGUUCGAUUCGCGCAACAGCAAACAUACACCCAGAAAUAUAAUAGCAAAUAUUCAUAAUAUUCAACAAAGUAUUUAAGAUAUUGCAUCUAUUAUAUUUAUUGGGCUUACCCUGAUAUAUUUUCAGAGCUACAUAAAAAAUCAGAAUUCUCAAAAUAUUUGGUGUGAUUUUUCCUGCCACAAAUAUACAUAAAAAACAUAUACUAGAACAAUUACAACCAGAUAAAUCGAUCAAGUGCAUGGCAACGCUCAACAAAAUCUACCAGACAUAUUUCGCAGAACUUAAAUCACUCUCAAACCACGGUGGAAAACCAGACAUAUACCCAGACAGAGGCAGAAGAAAAUACAAUCCGUUACAAACUCACAAGGGUACAAGAAUCUUUCAUGCUCAAGGCUGACAAUGAGCACAGGAAUCAUUCAAGAUCAGCUCAAGAUUAAACACGACUACAAUUUUAUAUAGAGAAUAUAGAAGAAAGGUUAUGGAUUGGUUACUCGCAACGCCGCAGUUGCACAGCGCCUUCGCUUCGCUGGGGUCCCUGGAGGGCGACACCUACGUGGUCAGCCCGAAUGCAUUAUCCAUUCUAGAGGAGAUCAACUACAAGCUCACGUAUGAGGAUCAAACGCUGCGCACCUUCCGGCGCGCCAUUUGCUUUGGCCAGAAUGUGCGAUCCGAUUUGAUUCCAUUGCUGGAGAACGCCAAGGAUGAUGCGGUGCUGGAGUCUGUCAUCCGCAUACUGGUCAACCUCACAGUGCCAGUGGAGUGUCUGUUCUCCGUCGAUGUGAUGUAUCGCACGGAUGUGGGUCGUCACACCAUCUUCGAGCUGAACAAGUUGUUGUACACUAGCAAGGAGGCAUUUACCGAAGCCAAGAGCACCAAGAGCGUUGUGGAGUACAUGAAGCACAUUCUCGAGUCCGAUGCCAAGCUGUCGCCGCAAAAGUGCGACCAGAUCAACAACUGUCUGCUGCUGCUGCGCAACAUCCUCCACAUACCGGAGACGCACGGCAUCUGUGUAAUGCCAAUGAUGCAGUCGAACAAUCCGCACGGCAUCACCAUGCAGAACACCAUUCUCUGGAAUCUCUUCAUCCAAAGCAUUGACAAGCUGCUCAUCUACCUGAUGACCUGCCCGCAGCGCUCCUUCUGGGGCGUCACCAUGGUGCAACUGAUCGCUUUGAUCUACAAGGACCAGCACGUGAGUACUCUCCAGAAGCUGCUCAAUCUCUGGUUCGAGGCUUCGCUGUCGGAGAGCUCCGAGGACAAUGAGAGCAACACCACGCCCCCGAAACAGGGCAGCGGCGAGUCCAGUCCCAUGCUGACCUCGGAUCCCACUGGAUCGGAUUCAUCGGACAAUGGCAGCCAGGGACGGAGCAUGAGCAUCAGCAUGAGCCUCAGCAUGAGCAUCAGCAUGAGCAGUCUCUGUGGCAAGAAGGAGACACCAGAGGAGCGGCAGCAAGCCUUAAGGGAUGGCACUGAAGCCACACUUCAGGAGGUGAGCCGCAAGGGUCAGGAGUAUCAAGAUGCCAUCGAAGCCAAAGAGCGCAUGGGAUCUCCCAUGGAUGAUGUGGAGGACUAUGAGGAAUCAGACUUCAUACACAGGCAGCUCCAGCGAGCCAGGCAGACAGAGGAGGAGGAGGACGAGGAGUGUGACAACGAGGUAGCUGCCGUGGCCUCGGAACCCUUAAAUCUUAUAACACAACCAGCUGACAAUGUCAACGACACUACCAGAACCACAACGUCCGUAUCGACCAGUAUCAUGCCGUUCCGAGCACCGCUGCCCGUGGGCAGUCGGCCAUCCUACUCACAUGCCCCACCGCAGCACCAGAGCUAUGCUGCCUAUGUGGCAGCCAUCAAGCUAAGCCAAAAGUCCCCACAUGCCGGCAAGCUACAACUGACGAAGGGCAAAUGCUGUCCCCAGAAGCGAGAGUGCCCUUCCUCGCAGUCGGAGCUUUCAGACUGUGGCUAUGCCACGCAGGUGGAGAACCAGGAAUCCGUGUCAACCUCCAGCAAUGAUGAUGACAUGCCGCAGGGAAAGCCACUCCACCAGAAGCCGCCAUGCAACACGAAGCCGAGGAAUAAACAGCGUCUCAUCCUCAGUCCCCUGGACAAAAAGGAGCUACGACGCAAGAAGCUGGUGAAGCGCAGCAAAAGUAAUCUCAUCAACAUGAAAGGACUCGUGCAGCAUACACCCACUGAAGAUGAUAUUGCCAAUCUGCUGAAAGAGUUCACUGUGGACUUUCUGCUCAAGGGCUACAAUUAUUUAGUGGAGGAGCUGCAUGCUCAACUGCUGGCCAAUACGCUACCCAUUGAUACGUCGCACUUUUUCUGGCUGGUCACGUACUUCCUGAAGUUUUCUGCCCAACUGGAGCUGGACAUGGAGCACAUUGACACCAUACUCACCUACGAUGUGCUUAGCUACCUCACCUACGAGGGUGUCAUGCAGUGCGAGCAAUUGGAGCAGAGUGCGCGGCAGCGAGACAGUGACUUGAAGCCCCAUCUGCGACGCAUGCACCUGCUGGUGACAGCCAUCAGGGAGUUUCUGCAGGCCAUCGAGACCUACAAUAAGGUUACGCACCUUUCGGACGAUGAUCGCGAUCAUCUGCGACAGCUGAAAAUCCAAAUUGCUGACACGUCCGACCUGCAUUGUCUGUUUGUGCUGCUGCUGCGACGCUUCAAUCCCACCAUCCAUUCGAAGCAGUAUCUGCAGGAUCUGAUCGUGACCAAUCACAUACUUCUCCUUGUACUGGACGAGAGACCAAUGCUUGAUGGCAAAAAGACCGAAAAUCUAAUGCAGCACAUUGCACAAUUUGCCACUCUGGAGGUUAUGCAUUACUAUGGCAUUCUUUUGGAGGACUUUACCAACAAUGGGGAGUUUGUCAACGAUUGCAUCUUUACCAUGAUGCAUCACGUGUGUGGAGACUUAGGACAGAUUGGUGUCUUAUUUCAACCGAUAAUUUUGAAGACAUAUUCACGCAUUUGGGAGACUGAAUUCGGUCUGUGUGAUGACUGGUCUGAUCUUAUCGAAUACGUCAUACACAAAUUUAUGAAUACUCCACCCAAAACACCCAUGACUAUACCCACAACAUCGCUGACAGAAAUGACCAAAGAGCAUAAUCUGGAGCAUACUAUAUGCUCUUGGAAUGCCGAUGAGAUGGAUACCCUGUAUUGGUAUUAUGUACAGAGCAAGAGCACCAAUGAUUUGGUUGGCAAAAUUGUCAGACUCUUUAACAAUAAUGGCAAUAAAGUCAAAUCUCGCAUUUCAAUCAUUCAGCAGCUGCUGCAACAGGAUAUCAUAACCCUACUGGAGUACGAUGACCUGAUGAGGUACGAGGAUGCUGAAUAUCAGAGAACUUUGUUGACCACACCCACAUCGGUGACCACCGAAUCGGGAAUAGAGAUGAAGGAUGGCGGUUUUGGCAGGCCAUCUGAUGAUAUACAGAUUCUUCUGGAUCUAAUCAUUAAAGAUAAGAAGAGCCAGCACUUGGAAUGGGUGCAAAAGGUGCUCUUAGAAUGCUGCUACAUCAAAUUGAAUCUCAAGUCAGGCAGAAAGAUGGCACACAUUAUGGAACCCGUGGCCUAUCACUACAUCAUAAAGCAAAAGUCCAUCCCUGUGGUGCAGUGGAACAACGAGCAGUCGGCCACGCUGCUGUAUCAGCCAUUUGUGUUGCUGCUGCAUAAGCUGGGCAUCCAGCUGCCUGUGGAUGCGGGCUCAAUCUUUGCCAGGAUACCAGACUACUGGUCCCCCGAGAAGAUGUACGGGCUGGCCAUGAAGCUGGGAACCGUAGAUAAACACCGUGUUAUCAAAUACAUUUUGUUCAUGCUCCAAAAUUUUGAUCAUGGGAAUCCGCCUGAGACCACCCUUCCCCCAAAGUCCGUCCCCACCUGCCCACCUACCUGCCUCACUCUCUCAUUGUGUCUCUGUGGUUUGUGUGUGUAUCUCGAUAUGCUCUGUGCCUCUCUCCUUUCUCUCCAUCUCGAUCUUAUAGACGCCCUCAAGUUCGACGCCACCGAAAUGGAAGAAGCCGCCGCGGCCAGUGCUGCCUCGAUGCAUCGAUGCCAUCAUAACACGGGACCCCGCAAUUCGCUGAGCUCACAGAGCAGCCUGGAGGUGGAUCUGGGUGAUGCAGAGGGUGAAUUAUCCCUCAUUCCCGAAGUGGAUACGGCCGUGGAGAAGGCCCAUGCCAUGGACUCCAGCUCCAGCUCGAACAAUGAGUUUUUUGCAGUGCCCAGAGUUAAGACAGCCAAUUCAAUGAUUAGAUAUACACCCGAUCCCACGCCUCCUGUUCCCAAUUGGCUGCAGUUGGUCAUGCGCAGCAAACGGAAUCCACGCUCCGGUCCCCUUGGAGAGAUCAGUGAUUGUAUUUCAAGCACAGCAACCAUAACUGGCGAUGACGAAAGCAUGGGCAGCAGGACCGUGUGUCCCACCAUGUAUCAGACAGGACAGAUGAUGGCAAUGACACCCAUGCCACCCAUGAAUAUUCCCAUAAAUCCCAUCAAUCCCAGGAGCACCAUGCCCCGUUUGCACAGCAUCAUGGGACCGCAUAACGAGAACAGCAGCAGCUCUGGCUGCGGCGGCACCGUUUACUCCCAGUCGAUGGGUGUACUAAUGACCACCUCCGCGGUGGGUGGGGCUAUAAUGCGCGGCGAUGUGGAGGAGGAUGCGGCAAUAAAGUCAUCGUUCGAGAAACUGGAGGUCACGGGCACACACUUUGCACGGGCCAGCCAUUUGGAGGAAGAAUACAGCGCAAUGGUGGCGGCUGUCUACAAGAACGAGAUCAUCAACGACAAUGUUUCAGUGGCUUCCGAUCUGACGCGAAUGUAUGUGAGCGAUGAGGAUGUGCCCCGCUAUCACGCUAUCAUUGAAAAUCAGGAGAGCGAAAGGAGAUAAAGGAAGGCAAAAGGAGAGAGAGUAGAAAGAGAAUUGAGUGUGAGGCCCACAAAGCUGGAAUGAAAUGUACCUUAAUAUCGAGCCAAUCUUAAACCCAAAAAACCAAUCUACACAUAUACUCGUACUCGUAUACAGAAAGAUAUUUACAGAAAGACAACACAAAACACUUAUGGGAACAGAAAUACCUGAACAAUCAGAUAUGUAGAGAAAAUCUAUGCAAAUAAUAAUAUACCUGAUCAAUCAGGAAUGACACAAAGUGCAUUAUAAAAAUGACAAAGAAAAGUCUAAAAAUAGAAAUGAUGGUGGUGAGGCCCCAAAGAUUAUUUUUUAGUAUAAAUUAUAUUUAAUUUAAAUUUUAAGAUUAGUUCUUAGUUCCGUAUUGUAUUCCGUAAGCGUAAACCUACAUAUACCUAUACCAUACCUAUAUAAAUGGGCAGUUCCUGGUUGAAUAGUGCAAAUAUACACACAGAUAAAUCUAUUUACAACAAAAAUCCCAAAGUAAGCUUGUAGAAGUGCACCCCAUACAUACAUAUAAAUAUAUUGUAACCAACAUGAAAAACCUAACCAUGUGUGUACGUAGAUGUAUAACCAUAAGUUAUGCUUAGAGAUGUUGUUCUACUAAUAAAGCUUUUUAUGUAGUAAAA